AAGAAGAAGAAAAAGUAGGGGUGCUGAGGUAGCGCUGCCGCCAUUUUGGACUGUCGAGCUUGGACUGUUGCGGCCAGACAACAUUCAAGAUGUCAAGGAGAAAGGAUGAAAAAAGUCAAAGAAAAAAGUGUAGUGCAAUCAAUUGCAAGAACUAUCAGUGGAACACCCCGCACCUGGCCUUCCACCGUUUCCCGAAGGAUCCCGACAGGUGUGCAAGGUGGGUGCAUAACUUGAGAAAUGCCUCUCUGGAGGGGAUAAGCACCCAGCAGCUCCACCAGAGCUACAGAGUCUGCAGUGGCCAUUUUCAUUCUAGCCAGUUCAAAAGGCCAUCAGAUGUCCACGCUGGACUGAUUUGGAGUGCUGUUCCCACAAGAGUGAAUGUCCCAAACCCACCACCUACACUAGCGGUGGAGAAAAAGCGAAAGCCUCCAAAGAAGCGCCAGGAGUUGCCACUAAAGAAACGUAAACUUAUUGCCCGCCCGUCAUCACCAGAUGUUGCUGCAACAGGGCCUACUCUGCCUCCACCGCCAUCAGCAGAGGACAUUCCGGGGCCUUCUUCACAAGCACCACACACCAAUACAACACCAAAACACCAUGACUGUAUAGAUUCAAUGAAGGCACAAAUCCGGAGAUUGAACUCGCAGGUGUGCAGGCUGAAAUCGCAGGUGAAAGAUCUCAAACAAAAAAAGAGUAGCAAGGCUGUGGCAAAGGGGUUGCUCAUGAAGGAGCUGCAGCGUGUGUUGCCGGCCAAAUCUUUUGCCUUUGUUUACACACAGAUCCGCAUGUGCGAGCGUAAGGCUCCAGGUUUCCGUUGGUCCACCAAAGACAAAGCUUUUUUCCUUUCUCUCCUCCACACAAGCCCAAAAUGUUAUCGGCUUCUCUGCAAGGUGUUUUCGAUGCCAUCUGUUCGCACUCUGAAGAAGGUAAUGAAAUCGGUUGAUUUCAAGCCAGGCUUCAACCGCAGUGUCCUGACAACAAUGCAGAAGGCCAUGGAGAACACCAAGCCAAUGGACAAGGUGUGUGCAAUCAUCACAGAUAAGAUGUCCAUCAAGGAAGCCGUCCACUACAAUGAGUCUGCUGACAAGGUCGAGGGGUUUGAGGACUUGGGGAAAGGACAGCGGAGUCCAUAUGUGGCCAACUAUGCCUCAGCCUUCAUGGUGAUGGGCCUUUUCAAAGAGUGGAAACAGCUCUUCGGAUACUGCUUCAGUAGUGGGCCCAUUCCUCAUGAUCGUCUCCAAUCACUACUGUUUGAAGGAAUCCGUGAGCUGAGAAGUGCAGGGAUGGAGUGUCUUGUUUUCAUCUGUGACCAGGGUGCUGGAAAUCGUGCCAUGCUCACGCGCCUUGGGGUGACUAAGGACCAGCCGUAUUUCGAUGUUGAUGGCAUCAGAAUUUUCUGCAUGUGGGAUCCACCGCACCUCAUAAAGAACAUCAGGAACAAUUGGAGGAACCACGGCUUUCAAUUGGAUGGGAAUGAGAUCACCUGGGCCAUCUUGGAAGAUCUGUAUGCUUAUGACAGCAAACAAGAAAUUCGUCUUUGUUGCCGUCUAACAAAAAAACAUGUGUAUCUCCCUCCAUUUGCCUCCAUGCAUGUGAGGUUUGCUACACAGGUCCUGAGUCACUCAGUUGCAGUUGGAAUCAAGACACUGUCAGAAGUCAAGCGUCUUACUGGCAAACUUCAACAAAACUACAUAGCGGCCGCCAAGUUCUGUGAAAGCUUUAACGGCCUGUUUGACUGCUUCAACUCCAAGCAGUUGAAAGACUCUCACAAGCUGAAGUCUGGACUGUCUGAAGUGUCUGCUCAUUUUCCAUUCCUGGACAGCUGCAUGGAGUGGCUUCCACGUCUGAGGCUUCUAGAUGCUUCUACAACCAAGCAGGUCCCAUGUGUUGAGGGGUGGCAGCAUAACAUCCUGUGCCUCAUAAUGCUGUGGUGUGAUCUUCGUGAGCGGCAUCAGGUGUCCUUCCUGUUGACAAAUGGAUUAAAUCAAGACUGCCUGGAAAAUGCCUACUCAAGUAUUAGAGCCCGCGGUGGUAAUCGUGACAACCCUGACUCUGUCCAGUUUGAAUGUGAACAUCAGGCUGUGGUCACAGGAUUGAUGUUCAACAACUGUGAAAAGACCAAUUGUGAAGAAGAUCUCAACACGUUCUUGCUGCAGAUCAGUACAUAUGCCUCCCAGAACUGUCCCCCGGGCAUCAGUGACGCAGAGAGGAUUGCAAAGGAGCACAGCUACUCUCAAGGAGCUCCUGAUUCUGGGGCAACAGAGAUUGGGAUCCAUCCAGUGGAAUCCAAUCAGAGUCCUUCCAACCAAUCAGUCAGUGACUCUGGAGAUUUUGAAGGACUGAUGGACUGCACUGAGGUCAGGGUGAGAGAAACUCUCUUGAUGGGUGAGAAAGACAAGUCAGGGAGUGAGAUCGGCCUGCACCAGCUGUCUACCCCUUGUAAUGCUGUGGAUCUCAGAAUACAGAGACAAAGCUCAACCAGAACCAGUCUACAAGAACAUAAGAGUGGUGAUACUGUCCUGAAAUCUGACUUCGACCCGCCUGAAGGUGUUCUGGACAUGCUGAGCAAGAUGACUCCAGUUUCGUCCUCCUCUGCAUUUGACCUUGAUGGAAAUGUGCUUGUGUAUAUUGCAGGCUACAUUGUGAAUAAGGUUGUGGGUAAAUUCUCUGGUCCUGAAGGUCCCUGUAACAACUGCUCACUUCUCACUACAUACGUGCCUACUGAUAGCAGAUACACAUUUCUCAAGGACAAGCAAUAUACUGACCUCGUCUUAGGUGAGAAAGGCCUGAAAGUGCCCAGCACAGCACUGGUUGAUUUGAUCACUGCCCUUGAGUCUAACUUUCGGAAAAAUGUAAACUCAGUGAUCCACACACUAUGUUUGGGACAGAAGCUAUUUAACAGUAGCAUGGAGGUUGUCAGUGAGUGUAGUGAGGUAGUGUGUGGUAAGGAAGCAUGCAGACAUUUGCUUGUUUACAUGGUUAAACUGUUCAACAGGAUCAGAAUUCACCACUUCUUGCGCACCCAAAAUAGGAGAAUCUCCCAGCCAAAUCAGAAGCGGAAUAGAAAGUUUUUAAAACUAAGCCAUAACUAGAAAAUGCAUUUCCUGCAGAAAUAAAUCACAAAGCAUUGCUGAAAAUUACAGAAAUUCGAAAUUAAAAUAAUACUAGUUCAUACCCCGUCGGGGCAACAUAACAUCUGCCACGAUUUAUACUUUCUGCCUAUGCCAAUGCUCAAUGGCCAUGUGCAGUUUGAGAUGGAUUGGCCAGCCUGUUCAAAGCAGCAACUGCUUCAUUGCCUGAAUGCAUCACCUGACUGGUUCGUUAAUGAAGCAGAUCAAAGUAGUGAUGGCAGUGUGACACUGAAGCUUUGAUACAAAGCAAUUCCAUUGAACCACUGCUUCAAACCCUGCUUUGGAGCGUGAAAGAGAGGUUUGAGAUGGAUUGGCCAACCCGUUAGAAGCAGCAACUGCUUCAUUGCCUGAAUGUAUGAUUUGAGUGGAAUAAAGAUAGGCAAACUUGUUGCCAUUAUUCAGGCUGGUUGGCCCCAGCAAAAAACUGCUCAUUUGUAUUUGUGUUGUGAUAUUUCACGUAUAGACCUGAGAUAAAAUGUGACAGUUGUAUGAAUCUCUCUUUGUCAGAGGUGAGAUUGUAGCUACUCAAGCUGCAGCCCAACUGCACUUUGUAUUUUUACAUAGUUAUCUUAUACUUGGUUUCAUAUAAGCAAAAUGAGAUUGGCUGAAUCUAAAUCUGUAGCUAAAUUGAAGAAUCGUUAUCAUUUAAAAGAUGUACAGCACUCAUAUUUUACAUAUAAAUAUUUUUUACAUGUACUGGCUUUGCCUAAUGAUGUAACCGUGGUGUUGCACCAUCAUUUCACCUUCAAAAUAGGGUAAUAAAUGCAUUUUUCUGUAUGUAUGCAGGUUUAGCUUACAAUAUGGUUUGACUGAUUUUCUCCUGCCCACAAAAAAAAGAAAAAAGAAGUUUUUGGAGUUAUUUGUUUUGUGUUAAAAUCUAGAUUUCUUAUUCUUUAUCAAAUCUCCCACAGGACUGAUGGCAUAUUUUAUAUUUCUGUUUAAAUGUCUAUUUAUUUCUCUUACAAACACAAUUUGAUUGGUUUUACACUAUAAAUAUUUGAUCUUUAAUUUACCAUAUUCUUCUUGUAC